GUCUGCUCCAUGCCCGAGUUUGUUUACAUUUUUUCAUUUAACGAAAAUUUCCUUUUAUGUAACUGAUUGUAGUUUUUUAAUUUGAUUAUACUCCAGAUAAUGUGUUUGAUUAUUUAAAAUCACCUCCUUCUAAUCCAUAUCUUUUUAAUAACUACUACAUUUCAUUGCUAUUUGUUUAAUCUUAUAUAGUAAAUCAUAUAUAGUGAAAAAUAUAGUGGGUUUUAAGAUUUUAUUAGUAUUUUAAAGGUUUAUUCUUUUCUAGCCAUUAUAGAUGGCAAAGAAAUAUGCGAAGCGUAAGCGUUGCUCUAGUCCAAAAGAAAUUUUACAUCUGAGAUUAGGUGAGCUACUGCUUGAAAGUAUUGGUUGCGAAAUUCCGAAUGAUAUUCCAUCUAAAUGGGAAAAGCAUGGGGAUCUAGUGUUAUUGCCAGCUUACAGUUUUCGAUCUGAAUUAUGGUCUUCUUUUGGUAAUAAGUUGUGGAUGAUAGUUGCUGAUACUUUAAAAUGUAACAGAGUCGCCAGAAAGAACUCAAUUUGUAAUGAUAAUUACAGAAGCCCUCGUGUUGAGUUUUUAUUAGGUUCUGAUUCAUGGGUUGUACAUACUGAUAAUAAAAUUAAGUAUGCUUAUGAUGUUAAACAUUGUAUGUUUAGUGCUGGUAAUAUAUCAGAAAAAUUAAGAAUAGCUCAGCUUUCUUGCGAAGGAGAAACAAUUGUUGAUAUGUAUGCUGGAAUAGGUUAUUUUACUCUUCCUUUCCUUGUGCAUGCCAAAGCACCUAAAGUGCAUGCUUGUGAGUGGAAUCCUCAUGCUGUGGAAGCUCUAUCUAAAAACUUAAUUUUGAAUGGGGUUAAAAAUAAAUGUGUUAUUCAUUAUGGAGAUAAUAGAGAAGUGUGCCCUGAAAAAGUUGCAGAUCGCGUGAAUCUAGGACUUAUACCGUCUUCAGAAAAUGGGUGGAAAACUGCUUGCAGAGCCUUAAAACCAAGCAGAGGAAUUUUGCAUAUUCAUGGAAACGUGACUUCAAGCAUAAAGACUGAAUCUUGUUCACGCGCUGAUAAUGACCAUUGUGAAUCUUCUUUGAAAAGAGAAUGGAUUGUAUGGUCUGAAAAUGUGCGGUCAACUAUUGAUUCUAUUUUAUAUGAACUCUAUGGGGAAAAAUGGAAUGUGAGUGUUCAAAAUGUUGUUAGAAUAAAGUCAUAUGCACCUCAUAUUGAUCAUUUAGUUGUUGAUCUUAUAUGUAUAUUUAAUAAAAAUUUUGUUAAAAUCUAAUAUGGUAUAAAAAAAA